CAGUAAAAUCACCGCUGGAAUUCCCGCUUUGUAUAUGAAGCUGAUCCAUUCUCCUUACGGCUCUCGCUGUGCCGAAGAUCGCGUCACGAAACCCUUCUCUCUUCACCUUCUGAUUCUAAGGGAUUCUGGAUUUUGCGCGGCGUUUGUUUUGUUCUUUCUUGUUAGCUAAGUUGAAAAUUAGGGUUUAUGGAGAUGUUUGGGAUUUCUUGUUUUUGAUGAAGGCAUGCUAAUUUUGCGUUUCUAAUUUUCUUUUAGGCGUGAUUUCUGCAUUGCUUUGGGUGGAUUUUGAUCUCCAAUUCUUAAUUUAAGUUUUUAGCUGACAAGGUUUCUGGCUGUUAUGUUUUCCAGUUGAUUUUAGAUCCUGAAAUUUUUCCAGCGGUUAGAAGGAAUAAAACAUCAAUAAUGCUUAGGUCAGUGAAGAACUCUUGAACUUAUUGUUUUACUGCAAUAAUCAGAUGUUGAUUGCCCUUUAGACAAGUUUUGACAUGUUAUUUGGUUGGAUAGGGUAAUUAUGUCACAUUUCGUUAUUGGGGAUUCUGGAGCUGUAGUAUAGGGGCUUCAUGAGUUUAAAUUGUUGUGUCAGUUGAGGAAUUUGAUCCUGUUAUUUGAUAAUAGAGCUGUAAGUGCUGGCUUUGGAGAGCUAUCUAGAUCCCAGUCACCAGGCAGUAGUGCCCCCCAUGGCACCUUCCCGAGUGGCUGGAGGUUUAGUGCAUUCAUCUUCUAGUUCUGGCAUCUAUUUCCAGGGUGAUGAGCAGUCUCAGGGGGUUGGAAAUUCCCACUUGAGCUCAUCAUUUGGAAACUCAUCGAAUUCGAUCCCAGGACUUUCAGAUCUGGGCCCUGCUUCUGGAGAUGCAAGUAAUUCGGUCUUGAACAGCGCAGGGAGCUCGGGCCCAAGUGUGGGGGCAAGUUCCUUGGUUACGGAUGCCAACUCAGGGCUUUCAGGAGGUCCUCAUCUCCAGAGAAGUGCCAGUAUCACCACAGAUUCUUACAUGCGACUACCUGCAUCACCCAUGUCAUUUUCAUCAAAUAAUAUAAGCAUUUCAGGUUCAUCUGCUGUGGACUGCUCCUCAGUAGUACAACAGAGCACCAAUCAAGAUCCAAGCUCCCGAGACUUGUUGCAGAAUCAGCUGCAGCAAGGGGCUUCUAGUGCAACAUCGUUGCCAACAUCACGAAUGGGCCCAGUUUCACUUCCCAAUGGGCCACGGGGCCCUGGCUCUUUUGUUCUGGAUCCCAAUCAUAUUACCCAGCUGCAGAAAAAACCCCGGUUGGAUAAUAAGCAGGAAGCUAUUAUGCAGCAACAGUUUCUACAACAGCUACUGCAGAGACAGGACUCCAUGCAGUUACAAAACCAUAAUCCUCAGUUGCAAGCCUUAAUUCAUCAGCAAAGACUGCGGCAACAGCAGCAACAGCAGCAACAGUUUCUGCAGUCUAUCCCACCAGUGCAGCGAGCCCACUUAUUGCAACAGCAGGAGCAACAGCAGCAGCAGCAGUUGAGACAACAGCUUCAACAGCAGGGGGUGCAGCCUAUAUCUUCUAUAAAGCGGCCUUAUGACAAUGCCAUAUGUUCUCGUCGGCUCAUGCAGUACUUAUAUCAUCAGCGCCAAAGGCCCCCUGACAAUGCCAUUCUCUAUUGGAGGAAGUUUGUUGCAGAAUAUUACUCCCCUCGUGCCAAAAAAAGAUGGUGCUUGUCAUUGUAUGAUAAUGUUGGGCAUCAUUCCCUGGGUGUUUUCCCCCAGUCAACCGUGGAUGCUUGGCAGUGUGACAUUUGUGGUUCAAAAUCUGGAAGGGGUUUUGAGGCAACUUUUGAAGUGCUUCCUAGGCUUAAUGAAAUCAAAUUUGGAAGUGGUGUCAUUGAUGAACUUUUGUUCCUGGACUUGCCACGUGAAUUUAGAUUUCCUUCUGGAAUAAUGGUGUUGGAGUAUGGGAAAGCAGCUCAAGAGAGUGUGUAUGAGCAAAUUCGUGUUGUUCGUGAGGGUCAGCUUCGUAUUGUUUUUGCCCCUGAUUUAAAGAUAUUAUCUUGGGAAUUUUGUGCAUGCCGCCAUGAAGAACUCCUUCCCCGUAGGUUGGUGGCACCACAGGUGAAUCAGUUGCUACAGGUUGCACAAAAAUGUCAAAGCACAAUUUCUGAAAGUGGAUCUGAUGGGGUUUCUCAGCAAGAUUUGCACGCAAACAGCAAUAUGGUUGUGAUAGCAGGGCGUCAGCUGGCUAGGACAUUGGAGUUACAGUCCCUAAAUGAUUUGGGAUUUUCCAAAAGAUAUGUGCGGUGCUUGCAGAUAUCAGAGGUUGUUAAUAGUAUGAAAGAUUUGAUGGAUUUCUGCAGCGAACACAAAGUUGGGGCAAUUGAGGGCCUGAAAAAUUAUCCUCCGCAUACUAGUGCUGCCAAGCUCCAGAACCAUGAUAUGGAGCAGCUAGCCACUAUUCAGGGUCUACCUACUGAUCGGAACACACUCAGUAAGCUAAUGGCAAUGAACUCUGGUGUAAACAAUCAGAUGACCAGUAACCAUCAAACUCUCAGCGGAGGAGCUUUAAGUGGCUCCGUUCAAGCUGCUAUGGCACUGACUAACUACCAGAAUUUGCUGAUGAGACAGAACUCUAUGAACUCGAACACUAAUCCACUCCAACAGGAGGCGCCAUCUUCCUUCAAUAGUUCUCACCAGAAUCCAUCUUCAACAUUUCAAGGCUCCACUGCUCUAUUGCAGGGGACCAUGCAGAAUUCACCAGGUAAUGGUUUUUUGAACUCUCAACUUCCACAGCAACAGCAGCAGCAGCCACAGCCAAGGUUGCCAAAUAGCAAAGGAUUUCCUCAACAGAGCCAUUCACAGACUCCUCAAGGUGGCCACGCAAUGCAGCAGCACAUGAUCCAGCAACUUCUGCACAAUAUGAACAAUAACACUGGGGGAGGGACGCCACAGCAGUCAUUUCCAGGGAAGAAUGUCAACGGAAAUGUGAUUAGGGAUGGAUCAGGUUAUGGAAGCAAUACCUCAGAAACUACUGCAGCCUCCAUGAUUGUGGCAGGAAGCAGCGCCAUGGUUCCAAGCAGAAGCAACAGUUUUAAAGCUGCAUCCAACAGUGACUCCGCAGCAGCAGCAACAGGUGGUGGCAACAACAGUUUCAACCUGAAAGCGCCCCCUGAUUUACCACAGAAUCUUCACUUGUCAGAUGAAAUGGUCCAGGAUAUAGCCCAUGAAUUCACAGAGAACGGGUUUUUCAAUAGUGAUCUUGAUGAUAACAUGGGUUUCAGCUGGAAAGCAUGACUUGCAUCCGUUGCUGCAAGACUAUUGCUACGUGAGUGCUCUGGAAUGUUUAUUAUCUAUGUACAGGUAAUCUGGAUUAGAACCUUUUUCUUGGUUUUUUGGCUUUAAAAAAGUUUACUGCCCUUUCUAAUUUCGGCGUCUGUUGUGGUGUUGAAAGUCUUCUUUUUCUGUGUUGAGUUUUUGGCUGGUUGAACUGUAAUAUAAUAAUGGAUGAUAUAGAACUAAUGGACAGCUAUAGUUAUCCUAUAA